AUGGCAGCCCCACAAGUGCAUCACCUCUUCCACGCACCAAUCAGCGACCACUCCUUCUCCUCCGACCGCAGCACUCUUGCUGUCACGCGCGACAACAACGUCGAGCUCUACGGCUCUUCCGGCUCCGGAUUCCGUCUUCAAGACGAGUUGCGCGGCCACGACAAGCUUGUGACCGGUGUCGAUAUCGCUCCCAAUAGCGGCCGCAUCGUCACAUGCUCUCAGGACCGCAAUGCCUACGUCUGGGAACCUUCUCCGCAAGGUGGAUGGAAGCCUACUCUGGUUCUGCUGAGAAUAAACAGGGCAGCUACUUGUGUGAGAUGGAGUCCUACGGAGAACAAAUUUGCUGUGGGAAGCGGUGCGAGAAUCAUUGCGGUCUGCUACUUUGAAGAGGAAAACGAUUGGUGGAUCAGCAAGCACCUGAAGAAGCCUCUCCGUUCUACUGUCACGACUGUGGCUUGGCAUCCAAACGGCGUGCUGCUGGCAGCUGGGUCGACGGAUGGACAUGCACGAGUCUUGUCAAGUUUCAUCAAGGGCACUGAUGAGCGGCCAGAGCCAAGUGCUUGGGGCGAGAGGCUGCCAUUCAACACCGUCUGCGGCGAGUUCCUGAAUUCUACCGCUGGUUGGAUCCACAGCGUGGCUUUCUCUCCAUCUGGAGAUGCGCUUGCGUUUACGGCCCAUGACAGCAGCAUUACGGUCGUCUAUCCUUCUGCACCAGAGCAGCCACCUCAAGCCGUCAUUUCCGUCUCGACCCAGCUCCUUCCUUUCGCGGACCUUCUCUGGAUCAGCGAGAGCGAGAUUGUCUGUGCAGGCUACGACUGCGAAGUGUACCGGUUCUCUGGCUCUGCUUCCGGAUGGCAGCUGGCCGGUUCGCUCGAGAAGGCUGGCCCAGGUGCUGGAGCUGGUGCUGCACGAGAGGAAAGCGCACUGAAUAUGUUCAGAAGCAUGGACCUCAAGGGUCGCACCGGUAAUGUCGAAGAUACCAAGCUGAGGACAGUGCAUCAGAACACCAUUCAAAAGGUUCGUGCUUACCAGGGAGGUGGCACAGCUCAGGUUAGCAAGGUCAGCACCAGUGGUGUCGAUGGACGCGUCGUGGUAUGGAAUCUCUAA